AUGUGGGAAGAGAUGCUCAAGCUCACGCAGGCCGAGGAGUCCAAGGAAUUCAAGUUAUUCGCGGCGCUCGUCGACGGCGAAGUCGAGGUCGAAGACGCAGUACAAUGGGUCAUAAACACGACGAUGGACAGACUAGAGAACUACGGACCAGGAGGAACAAUCGAAAAAGCCGACGCAAUAACAUUCAUAGCUAUCAUUGAGCUGGCUAUGCAAAUCGAUACAACGCAGUAUGGACCCUUGGUCGACUUCCUGUCCGAAUUGAAGCUGUACAAUGCCGUCGAUUCGUCGACUGGUCUCGUCCUAAAAACACAAGAUGGAAGCAGGGUCUGGUCACAUCUACCCUCGCUCAGUUUCUGGGCGGGUGAAUUAUGGAAUGAUCGCGUGACACGUAAGCGUUGGAUUUCUGUACUUUUGCUUUUUGCUUCUGUAGCGCUAAUGGAUUAUUUCCUAGACAUCUGUGACCCGAAUAUGGAGCCUGAUCAGCAGAUCAGAUGGGCGAAGCUGAAUAUCUUUCUCGCGCAAGCGACCCAAGCUGCUGAUGUUCAAUAUACUUCCCCGUUGCAGGUGUGGAUCAGCGAUGCUAUGGACGAAUCUCAUAUGGGACUUUGUGGACUUCGUCAUGUGUUCGAAGAGGGCAUUCCCCCUGAACAGCUUGCCUCGACGGCUGGUCUGCUCGGCGUGUGCUACUGGAUUAUUUGUGCUGGCGAUAGAUUGUGGGAAAAAUGUACUCAACCGCCGCAGAUACAACAAGUAUGA